AUGUCCUUUUGCUUUGAAGCCCAGCACAAGAUCGAAGCCUUCCGGGCCUGGCAUGCCUCCCUGCCCUCCACCCUCACCCGCCCCGCCGACUCUCAAAAUGGCCCUGCUUCGGGAACAUACGACUGCCAAAGCUGGGUGUUGAUCAACUCUUCCAAAGUCUGUGACUUCUCAAAGCUGUCCGAAAAACUGCAGUCCAACGGUCUUGCUGAAAAAUCUCAUUCCCAACUCAAAGUUCUUCCCUUUGACCAUCAGCAGGCCCAGUCAUCAGGAAAACAAUGCCUGCCGACCGUGAUUCUGUAA